AUGCAAUUGGCAAUUAACGGGGGUUUAGUAUCAUCUGGUGGGACAGCUAGGGAUCAUAUGAACUUUAGAAGAGACAUUAUGCUCUUCGUUGGUAACAAAGAUGCACAAAUGUUAAUAAACAAGAUGAGCAAACGGCGGGAACAUUGCCCUGAAUAUUUUUUUGAAUAUAAGUGUGAUGAAAAGGAGUUGAUUGCAAUAUUUUGGGCAGAUGAAACAGCGAGAUUGAAUUACAAACAUUUUGGAGACACCAUAUCAUUUGACGCUACAUUUCGGACAAACAAAUAUGCAAUGAUUUUUGUUCCAUUUGUUGCAAUUGACAAUAACAAGAAGUCUGUUGUCGUUGGUGCUUCAUUGAUUAGAAAUGAAUCUGUCAUUAAUUUCACAUGGGUAUUGAAGGCGUUUAUGAAAGCGCACGGUAGUCAGCCGCAGUUUAUCCAUGAUCAUUUAGCCCAUGGAACCCCGUUCAAAAGCAAGUUCAACAAACUCGUAUGGAAUGUACACAUAAGUCGUGAAAUUUUUGAGGAGAAAUGGAAUGCACUGAUGGAUGAGUAUGGCCUACGGGGUCACUCAUGGUUUGAAGAAAUGGUUGUCGAAGUAGUAAAGGUUGGUGAUAAGAUGAUUUACAGUAUUACACAUAAGAACAAGAAUUCUAAGGUUAAAGCUACGUACAAGGUGGUUCAUGAURUAAGGGAWGAGUCUUUUGAUUGUAGUUGCAACCAUUUUGUUCGCAAUGGUAUAUUAUGUCGCCACGCGUUUAAGGUAAUGUUAAAUUCUGAGGUGCAAUCUAUUCCCGAGAAAUACAUCAUGCCGCGAUGGAGACGAGAGUUAGUUCCUGUUAUGUUGUUGUCGGCUCGAGUUAGGUACGGUGAAAUGGAUGUUGAGAAACAAGCUUUGAUCAAUCAGGCUAUAUCAAUGUUUGAUCUUAUUAUUGGGCGUGUACGAAAUGACAAGGGAUCGUUGACAGAGUUUGUGGAGAAAUUGGAACGUUUGGGUGAUGAAAUUUCGGUGGAGGUUCCAAUAUUGAUAGGUACUGAGCAGAAGAGAAAUGAUAUUCAGGAGCUCUUAUGUGUUUCCGAACCUGAAUCGGUUGAUGUCUUACCACCAACAAGGAUACAUAAUAAAGGUUGUGGAACCGGAAAGCGUCUUGUUGGUAUGUUAGAGAGGGUAUCCAUGAAUGCAAAGAAACCGAAAAGAUUGUGCAUAACUUGUGAUAAAAUGGGGUGGCAUGAUUCCCGCAACUGUCCGUCGAAGGGCGAUAGUACGAAAUAA